AAAACAUGAAAUCCACGGACUACUGCCUUAGCUCCGAAGGAACCGAUGUGAUUCAAGCAACAUCAAGUGAUGAAAAAUACCCGCCAGAAAAUAUCACGGAUGGAAAAUCUGAAACCUUUUGGACAACAACUGGGAUGUUUCCACAGGAAUUUAUUAUUUGUUUUCAUAAAUGUGUAACCAUUAGCAAACUCACAAUCCAGUGUUAUUGUGUGCAGACAUUACGGAUUGAAAAAAGCCUGUCUAAAGAUCCAGUUGAUUUUGAAGAAUGCAUUGAAAAAGAGCUGCAACAUAAAGAAGGAGAACUUCAAACAGAAGAAUUUUCGUUUCCUGAGAUCCAAGCGACAUACUUGCGAUUCAUUAUUUUGUCUGGCUUUGAUGCUUUUGUGUCAGUUCAUAGGGUGAUAGCAGAAGGAAUAACACAAGAUAGUGAAAACCAAACUUAAUGUGCCGCAAUCACAACUGUAUAAAUAUUGUACUGAUAUUUGUAUUAUAGAUUAUGUAAUCCAAGCAUUAAAGUAUGUUUUCUAA